CACUCAGUGCGCGCCGACCGAGCCGGCCGGGCCGAUCGGAGGGCUGUGCGCAGCCAGCGCCUCUGGUGGCCAGAUCGCGCACUGCCCCCGAUCAGGCAGCGGUCCGGAGAUCGAGGACCUGCUGGUGGGCUGAGUGCGCGGACAGUGGACGGAGUCGCCGGAGACGAGUGACCCGGGAGUCGGCACGUCGACUCAGAAUGGUGCGUCGCGAUGACGGUGAACAGAGCGUGUCGCUGCUGGGCGGCCGCCGGUCACCGAGGGAGUACAGCGAGCACCAGCGUCUGCUGGAGACGGAGCUGAGCCGCGAGUCGGCCGGCUACGGCGCCGUGAAGCCACUGUCGCCACUGCCCACCGGCGGCGUCACGCUCACAUGGCACGAUGUAAACGUCUACGUGCCCGACAAGAAGAACAGCAGCGUCUUCAGCAGCUGCCAGUCGGAGGCGCCCAAACUGAAACGGGUGCUCAACAAUGUGUACGGCGCCGUGCUGGCCGGUAACCUGGUGGCCGUCAUGGGAUCCAGCGGGAGCGGCAAGUCCACGCUGAUGACGACUCUGGCGCAGCGCAACCCCGGGGAGGUGAUGGUGGACGCCGACAUCCAGUACAACGGACAGCCGGCCACCAAGCAGAUGCGCAGCAUGGCCGGCUUCGUCUACCAGGACGACAUGUUCGUCGGAUCGCUCACCGUCCGAGAGCACCUCGAGUUCGCGGUACGGCGCCGCUCCACCUCUAGCGCUGGG